AUGCAGCCCCCAUUUCAGAACGAUGACCUAGACCUGCCUGCAGCUGUGGCAAGAGCCCGUCCCCAGCUCGUGGAGUUCCUCACUCACUGUCCCGACUGGCUGCUCUCGACUGCCCGGCGCUCCGUCCCCGAGGCAGCCCUGAGCGGCCUGGGGGAUGUCACCAGCCCCAGGGAAAAAAUCUCUGUGCUCCUGGACCUGCUGGAGGAGGCUGGCCCUGCUGCCUGGAAGCACUUUGCACAGUCUGUCUGCAUGGAGUAUGACCUGCCCCUGGAUCUGGAGGUCCUGCUCAUGAGCUCUGCGGGAGAAGGUAACUUCAGCCAGCCAGAAGAAUCAGGCACAGACACGAGAGCCCAGCCACCUGUGCCAACAGGGUCUGCUCGCCGCCGCCGCUGCAGCAGCUCUGGGAGUGACAAAGAUGCCAAACAGCGACGACUGGAUGCAUUUGUGAAGUACCGGCAUCUCCUCAUCAAUUCUGUCUGCCAGAGAUACGGAAGCAGGAGGGCAGCAGAAGCACAGGAACAAACACAGCCACUGCCUUUCAACCAAACCUUUGUCAACGUUGUCAUUCAUCAGAGCAAAGCCCCUCGCUUGAAAGAGAGAACAGAGAAACCCCGAGAGGACAUGGCAAGUGCUCCUGAGGCAGAGGAAUGUGCAGACACAGCUGUGAAAGUGUCAGAUCUGCUCUGUAGUGAGGCCCCGUCGCACACCACCAAGGUGAUCUUUUUGUUUGGUAAACCAGGGAUAGGCAAGACCAGGCUAAUGCACAGGAUUUGUCAGAAAUGGGCAGAAGGUGUCCUACCUCAGUUUCUCUUCACUUUCUUGUUCGAGUUUCGGCAGCUGAAUUUGUUAAAAGGAAAAUUGACCCUGCAGGAGCUUUUGUUUGACAUGUUCCUUCAGCCAGAGGACAGCCCCGAUGCGGUGUUCCAGGCCCUCCUGGAGAAUGCCCAGCAGACACUGAUCAUCUUUGAUGGCCUGGAUGAGUUUGCAGCUAACAUGGAUGUGUCAUCCUCCUCUAAGAGAGGCCCAGCUCUUACCUCCCCUAUGUCCAUAUCCCAGCUCUUUGCAGACCUCUGUCAUGGGAACCUCCUGCCUGGUUGCACAGUGCUGGUCACCAGCCGACCCAAGAGGUUACCUGACUUCUUAUUAUAUACAGUAGGUGUGUUGGCAGAAAUUGGGGGAUUUGACCAUGAGAAGGUGGAGGAAUAUGUUAGCCACUAUUUUUGUCAGCAUUCAUUCAGAGAACGAGCUAUUGCUCAUGUGAAGAACAACACCAAACUCCUCAGCAUGUGCUUCAUCCCUGCUCUGUGUAACAUUGUAUGCAUCUGCUUGGAGUAUUUGUUCCUCAAACAAAAGAUGAGUGUGGAGCUUCCUCAGACUAUGACACAGUUUUAUAUCAAAAUGUUUCUCAUCUUCCUGAACAAGCAGCGAGGAGACUGUGAUGAGGAGACUCAGCUGAAUUGUAACAGAAAGGCCAUUUUGGGUCUGUUUGAUCUUGCACUGAGAGGCCUGGAAGAGAAGAAACUUGUGUUUUAUGUCAGCGAUAUUCCUGAGGAUGUGAAGGAAUUUGCUUCCUUGCAUGGAUUGCUGACUGCCUUUGAGGUGAAGACGAGUGGCACUUGCCCAGAGGUUGGCUAUGCCUUUGUGCACUUGAGCUUGCAGGAGUUUUUUGCAGCACUGUGUCUCAUGGUGAGUAGGAGGGUGGACAAGAACUACCUGAAGAAGAAGUUCUUCUUGAAAUCAAAGUGGACUUUAAAGAAUGAGACAAAGACCGAGUUUAUGGAGAGUUUUCACAUAUUUCUCUCAGGCUUGUCGUCAAGAGAGUGUAGAACAUUCCUCAUGCUGCUGGCAGAGCAAGAUGAAGCUUGGGUGCAGGAAAAGCAGGAUGUGAUCCUGCAGUCUCUCAGGAAACUGGCAGCCACUCAUCUGUCAGGACCUAAGGUCCUUGAGCUCUGCCACUGCACCUUUGAAACACAAAACCUUGAAGUAGCCCAGCACAUUGGGAGCCUGCUGAAUUUCAAGUAUGAGUUUAAAAACUUCAGACUGACAACACUGGACAUGUCGGCUUUGGUUUUUGUCAUAAACUCGGGCCAGGAUUUGAUUUGUUUGGAUUUUGCAGGAUGUCUUGUGGACACCGACUGUUUGGAGGUUCUGGCUGGCUGUAAAAAUGUGGAACACUUGAGCUUUCGCAGCAGGAGAUGUGGUGAUGACUUUGCUGCUGCUCUUUCAAAGGGCUUACAAGGAAUGGGGAACCUGAAGAAACUAGAGCUGACAGGUGGGACCAUCACAGCUGAGGGGAUGACUAACUUGGUCCAGGCUGCAUCACAGUGCCCCCAUCUUGAGGAAAUAAACUUGCAGGGCAAUCGGAUACAGGAUCCAGAAGUGAAGAGGGUGAUGGACCUGUUUUCCAGAAUGGAAAAGCUGAAGAAAGUAGACCUGAGCAACAACCAUCUUUCCUUGAAUGCUGUUCUCAGUUUGGCAAAGGAAGGCAUCGUGUGUCAAAAUGUUACUGAACUCUGUGCCAGGGUGGACACCAUGAUUAUUUAUUUUUCUGGCACGUCUGGGAAAGCUCAAAGAUCUCCGGAUUUGAAGUUGGAAGAGAAUAAAGAACACAUAAUUCCAUCUAGAUAUGUGAAUUUAUGCUUGCAGGAUCACAGGCUGUUUCCCCAACAUGCCAAGAUGAUUGUGGCCAUUCUCCAGAGCUGUCCCUGUCUCUCUGAAGUGGAUUUAUCAGGCAACAAGCUGGGAGAUGAAGGCUGCAGUUGUCUGCUGGAAAGCCUCUCCUGUAUUUCGAUUUCAAAGCAGCUGAAUCUCAGCCAAAACCGCCUCUCUGUCAGUGGCAUUUGCAGCCUGUUGAAGUCAGUAAAUACCUGCCAGAAGGUGAUGGAGCUGCAGGUCAGCCUUGGUCAUGAUACUGCAGUCCUGAGGUUUCGAGAAGACAGGGAGUGUGUUUCCCUUCCUCCUAGGGAAGAGCCUGUGUUCUCUGAUGACCAACAACAUGGGGAGGAAAAUCAGACACCAACCACUUCCCAAAAAAUAAGACUGACAGACUGUAAUUUUCAAGCCAGUGACCUGAAGAAUGUGUGUGCAGUCCUGAAGGAGUGUGGCCACAUCUCUGAGCUGGACCUAUCACAGAAUUAUCUGGGAGAUGAGGGACUUUUGCAGCUGUUUCAGUGUCUCCCAAAACUGAAAAUGUUAUGUUCUCUCAAGUUUAGCAACAACCAGAUCUCCCUCAACUCUGUGUUUUUCUUAGCUCAGUCAUUAACUACACUGGAACACAUUAAAACAAUGAGCCUCAGCUUCGGGCACACACAGGUGGUUCAUCUGACCUUUUGGGAAAGAGUCAGAAGUGCCAGCAGAUGGAGAAGUGGCUCCCUGGCACGUCCCAGGCAGGAAGCACAAGGACAGUGCUUUCGUCUCAGGGACUGCAGAGUGGGUCUGGAGGAUGUCACCAGGCUGUGCCAGAUACUGGCUCAAUGUCCCCAACUGACAGAAAUCGAUCUGUCUGGAAAUUCACUGAGUGACCAGAGCAUCGAGAGAUUACUGAGCUUUCUGCCAUCCCUCUGUCAUCUCUCACUACUGAGUAUUAGGAAGAACUCCUUGUCCCCACGUUGUGCUGUUUUACUCCUCAACUCCAUCAACCUCUGUGAGCGAAUCAGGGCGGUGGAAGUCCGGUCAAGUGAAAAUGCCUUCUUGCAUUUAGGAGCAAGCAUGCAAAGCCCAAGGACAUUCUGCAGGCUGACAGGCUGUGCCAUUGGAGAAGGGCAGGUGGAGGAGCUCUGCAGCAUCCUGGAGCAGCACGGGGGGCUGGCAGAAGUAGACCUCUCCAGGAAUCAGUUGGGAGAUGAAGGCCUGAGGUGCCUCUUGGACCACUUGCAUCGAGUGCCUGGUACCUGUUCCCUCAACCUCAGCCAUAAUGGGAUUUCUCAGGAUGGAGUCCUACAUCUCAUAAAUGCCUUUGUCACAUCUGGAAACACCACUGAAGUUCAAGUCAGUUUGUGCUCCAAAGCAACUUUAAUCAUCAAGCUGACAAGCGGAGAUGAUCCAAGAAAGAUUCUGAGACUGGCAGAGUGCAACUUUCAGCCAGAGCACUUGGAAAAGUUGUUCUUGCUCCUGGAAAAGUGCACUGGUCUGACAGAGUACACGUCCUCAAAUAACAACAUGACAAUCCAAGCUGCAGAGAGACUUCUGCAUUCCCUGAGGAAGGAUAUGGGGCUGCUGAAAAUCAGCAUAGAAGAGCCAUGGGUGUGCAGGGAGAGAGUCGUGAACCUUCUGGAGCUGGCUGCCCAGGCCUCUGGAAACAUUGCUGAGAUUAUGAUCUGUAAAGAUAAAACCCUCUUCCAAUUAGUCAUAAGAUUCCCACACUGCCUGGAGAAGACAGAAUCAGUCGUUAGCAGACUGGGUCUGUACGAGCCAGAAAUUAAGCACUCCCUCUUCCAAAGGCUUUGUGAAAAAUGUGCUCAGCUUCAGCAGCUGAGAUGGUCUCACAUGGAGCUCCAUGAGGAUGAAGCAGAAAUGCUAGGCAGGAUUCUGCUGCCCCUUCCAGAGCUGAAGACAUUUGGGCUGACCUCUAGCAGUGUUUCACCAGCUGGAAUCGAUUGUUUGAUCUCAGGCUUGCAGAAUUGCCAGGCCAUUGAAGAACUCAACCUGGGCUACAUGAAACUCAGCAGUGCUGCCAUCCCUGGGCUUGUGCUGGGGCUGUGUGAGAUGCCAUCCCUGAAGAGGCUGAUCUUGGACCACAACAGCAUUGGUAAUGAUGGCUGCUCCAGACUGGCAGAAGCCUUGAGGAAAAUGCACAACAUGGAGGAAAUCAAUUUAAGCCACAACGAGAUUGGAGAUCCAGGCCUGAUAAAUCUUGCUGCUGUCCUGCUGGAAAUGCAAAACCUGAAGAAAAUUGACCUUUCAGGGAACUGUCCUAGUCCUGCUGGAGGGGAAAAGCUGGUGGGAGCUCUUGCCAAUUGCAAGCACAUCAAGGAGUUACUGAUUUCAAAACCUCAUUGUUUCUUCCUCCCACCCUCAGAGUCCUUUGCAUCAGGCACAUUUCAGCACAGUCCCAGGCACGUACUAUCAAGGAAUGGUUUUGGAGACAGGACAGCAGUGACACUUGCCCUCUGUCUGCCUCACAUGACCAACCUGAAGAUCCUGCACUUCCAGAACAAUAACAUCAGGCAGGCAGGAGGGCUGGAGCUGGCCAGAGCCCUGGCGGUGUGUGGGCUGCUGGAAGAGAUAAGUAUAGCAGAAAAUGACCUUGGGGAGCAGAGUAUCCAUGCCCUGUCCCAGGGGCUGCCGUGCUUCCGACACCUCCGGAAGAUCGACUUGAAAUUCUGUGGGAUCACUGAUGAUGCUUCAAAAUCACUCUCCCUUGGCUUCCGACAGUGCCCCUCCAUGGAGGAGAUCAUACUGUCUUGGAAUGCCCUUGGAGAUGGAGGAGCCCGAGAGCUGGCCAUUGCUCUCCCAAAGAUGGAAAAGCUGAAGGUGUUAGACCUGGAGAAAAACCGCAUAGGAGCCUGUGGGGCCACGAAGCUCGCGGAGGAACUUGCCACGUGCCCAGAAAUUCAGUCCAUAAGGCUGUGGGGCAAUCCAGUGCCCAAGGGUCUUCCCGAGACUUUGACAAGCCAAGACCCAAGACUGUGUUUCUCCUUCAGCUAG